AUGGCACUGAGAAUGUGGGCUUCUUCAACAGCCAAUGCACUCAGAAUCACUAGUGCCUCCAAAGCCCACCUCUCCCCUGCAUUUUCUUUAUCCAGAUGCUUUUCUUCUGUUCUGGAAGGGUUGAAGUAUGCAUCUUCACAUGAGUGGGUGAAGCAUGAAGGCUCAGUUGCAACAAUUGGUAUCACUGAUCAUGCUCAGGACCAUCUUGGAGAAGUUGUGUUUGUUGAGCUGCCAGAAGCUGGUCGCUCAGUCUCUGCAGGUGUCGGCUUUGGAGCUGUCGAGAGUGUCAAAGCAACCAGUGAUAUAAAUUCCCCAAUUUCUGGUGAUGUUGUUGAGGUUAACUCAAAGCUUACUGAAUCACCUGGUUUGAUCAAUUCAAGCCCAUAUGAAGAUGGAUGGAUGAUCAAGAUUAAGCCCAGCAAUCCAUCAGAAUUAGAAUCCUUGUUGGGUGCUAAAGAAUACACGAAGUUUUGCGAGGAAGAAGAUGCCGCCCACUAG